AUGGCGUCCAACGGGAUAUCAAAAAAUCCGCCCACGCUUCCCCCGUCAGUUGAGGAAUCAUACAAACGGAAAUGCAUUCAACUCAAGACUCGAAUGAACGAAGUCGAGGAAGCAAAUGAUGCUGCACGCCUCAGAUUAGCUAGAAUGCAGCGAGCGAUAAAUAAGAUGCGACUCGAGCGAGCAUUCUUAUUGGAACAAUUGGCAAAGCGUACGAGUACAAAUGUGGAAGAUUCGGAGGGUUCCCCAAGCCCACCUCCAACCCCGCAAGAAAAGCCAUUGCGCACAAAACGCGGUCAUCGCAAACCCUCUUUCCUUAAUACUCUCGGCGAUCCCUCCAUCCCUCUACCAAACAGUCUAAAUGCCAAUCUCGCCAUAUCACCUUCCUCCUCCGCCUUCUCACAUACACAUCCUGAUGUCCCUAACCAGGGACAAGGAACCUUCGCCAGUUUCAAUGCCUCCCUUGUUCAUCCACAGCCUAUAUCUCCCCGCCGCGCACUCUCCAAUUCCACACCUCUGGGCGGUCGAACACCACACUCAGCCUCCAACUCGCCAUCUAUUCCUCCUUCUGGUCCGCCAAAAACACCCAAAUCAGGCUUCGAUUUUUAUUGCCAGGAACUUCGUGGGCCCAUGUUGGUACAACAUAGACAUGAUAUCAAGCAAGGAAUCGUUGAUAUCGACUGGCUUUUAGCAAGCGGGUGGAGAGACACAAAUGAUGAGACUAGAGAACGAUACGAAAACCUAUUCAAAGCGAUGCAGAAUGCAAAGAAAGCCGAAAAUGGAAGCCCAUUAGACGAUGAUGUAGAAAUGGGAGAAAGCGGACGUGAAGAGACUCCCAAUGGUAAUGGGGCUAAUGGAGCAGGCGGCUUCACGGCUGUGAACAGAGACUAG